UAGUGAUCUAGCGGAAGGUUUCAUCGGGUGCUAACUCUUGUUUAUACUGUUAUUUUCCGUUAGAUAUCUUUUCGUUGUUGAUUCCUGUUGCGUGGUGGGAUGCUUUAGCCGUCCGCAAUUCUUCAAUGUUAACACGCUUGUCAUAGUAAUUUUAUAUUGACAUAGUAUGAAAUAAAUAAAAUUGUAUUAUUCAGUUGUCGUUAAAUAUAACAUAUUAGCUGAAUUAUGACAUGAAUUUAGUUUUAUGUGGUUUGUUUCCUUUUGCAGUAUAAUUUGGUGACAUUAUGACUAUUAUGGACAUAGCUGUAGUAAAAACUAAUCAGACCAUUAAUUUUUCUGACAUCGGUGAAGAUGAAACUGCAAGAGUCUUUUCAGAAAAUGUAACAAUAGUCUCUCGUUCUGGUGGUCAUGUUAAUGGGAGUUCUAAAGUAAAACUUAGUAAUGUUGUUGACUAUUCAUGGGAAGAAAAAUUCUACCCAGGACAGCUUUUAGCGGUUCAUAUGUCAGGAAACUAUGUUGCUUACAGCAUUAAAGGUGCUAACUAUGCUGUUAGAGUGGUGAAUAGAGAAACUGCAAAACGUGCAUUAAUUAAAGGAACUGGCGCCAUGGUCGAAGAUUUAGCUUUUGCUUUUAUUCCUAGUCAAACCACAUUAGCUUGUGUAGAUGAAACUGGUGCAGUUUAUGUUCAUAAUAUUUUUGAAGACUCAAGAGAUAUUUCUACUACACUAAUUUUACAUAUUUUACAGAUCGAAGCUGUGUCUGUCCCACGGCGAGUUUUUUGGUGCCCAUAUAUACCAGAUGAGCAGGAUCUUCUAGAACAAGAUCCUUAUACUGAUGAAACUUCAUUAUUACUAGCUGUCACUAGAGACAACAAGAUUGAAGUAUGGCAUGUUGGUAAUGCAUCGAGCUAUGCCAAUGGCCCAGUAAAGGCUGAUACAUCCGUUGGAGCAUGUGUCCAGAUAUGUGCUCAUGAGUCUACCAUUGUGGAUGCUGCAUUUUCUCCCGAUGGAACAGCAAUAGCUACUGCAUCAGUCGAUGGAGAGUGUAAAUUUUUUCAGGUUUAUAUGCAAAGUGAGGGAGAGCCAACCUGUUUACAUAGGUGGAAACCACAUGGUGGCAAACCAGUUACUACUCUGUUUUUUUUAGAUGAUCAUAAAUCUGGAAAUCCUGAAGUCAAAUUCUGGAAAUAUGCUGUCACAGGGACGGAUGAUAACAAUGAAUUAAAACUUUGGACGUGUGAGACUUGGAAGUGCCUUCAAACUAUUAAUUUUAAAUUUGGUAGUUCAAACCGACGACUAAAACUAAAAGCUUGUGUCGACCUUUCUGCAGGUUUCAUUUUUGUCUCAGAUAUGUUUCAUCGGGUUCUUUAUGUCCUUGAACUUGAGAAAAAUGACAAUGAAACAAUCCCAUUUGUAAGAACUGUAACAGAAUUUAUGUUGCCAUGUCCUGUUCUAAGUUUUGCAAUAGUUGAUGCUGGACUUCAAAACUUGAAACAAGGUUCUUCUUUUGGUGUUGUUGACGAACUUUGUAAUGGAGAGGAUGAUGAAAACCAUUCAGCAGUUUUUAUGGCUCGUCUAUAUCUUGUUCAACCUAAAUCACUGCAGGAAUGCCAUAUUGUUUAUCAAGCUAAGCCUUUCGUGCAAGGAAAUACAACUUGUUUAGAUUCUAAUGGCCUGAGUGGUGAGAUAGAUGAAAUCCCUAAUGUAAAUAUUGAAACACCUUCAACUCAGCAGAUAUCAUUGAAUCUCAUGACUCCUGAUGCUUUUCAUUCUCCUCAUUCUUCUGAAUCUACUACUUUAAUGCCAAACAAUGAUGUGGCCGUGGCUCCUUUGAUUGAAGGGACUAUUUCCUAUUCUGGAUCUGUUGGCGUUACGACUUGUGAACCAUCUAAUGAAAGUGAAGGAGGAGAAAGAAGAGGUUUUGUAAGUGGAGGAAGUUCACCAAGUAGAGAAGUGGAAGAAAUACUGUCCUCUCCAAGAUUUUAUUCUGAAGAACCUAAACCGAGUCAGAAAACAUCUCUAUCAGAGCCCAAAAAUGUAGAAAUGAAAGAAAACCUUAGAGGGCUUGAAUUAUCAAUUCAAGAAUUAAAGUUGGAGGUCAAAAGUUUGUCUCAUGCCGUUGGCUUACAGUCUACUGGUUUGCAGCAUUUACAGGAAGAAAUUAAAAAGAGUAGAGGGUCUUUCUCUUCAGACAUUGAAGGAGUUCUUUCAAAAGCUGUUUCUACAUUUAGACCAGUUUCUGAGGAAGAUAUAGCUAGGGCCAUUACACCUCUAAUAUCUCAGGCUAUUUUAGGCAUUGUUAAUCCAGCUGUGGUUAAAUCUAUGACUGAGCUUCAUAACAUGGUUCACCAAGAGGUAUCUCAGAAAUUAUUUAUGACUGAGCAGAAUUUGAAAGAUAGCUUGAACAAGGUUAUGAAAAGCAAGGCAUUUAAUGAAGUAAUGGCUAACAGCUUAAGUUCAGCAGCAGCAUCUGCUUUGGAAAUUGUAUUUAAAGAAACAUUUAUACAGACAGCAGUUCCUUUGUUUGAAGCAGCCUGCUCAAAUAUGUUUCUUCAAAUUAGUGACACAUUUACAAAAGGUGUUAAUGAUGCAAUGACGGAUGUCCAGAAAUUUACUAAUAAAUUAAAUGAGCGUGCUAAUCUUGAAGUUGUUGCACUUCAAGCAGCUACAGAAAGAAUAAACCAAACAGCACAACAUUUUACUUCAACUGUUGAAAAAGAAGCCAAAGGGCUUGAAGAUGUGGUGAUAGAAAUGGAAAGAAGAUUAAAAGCUUGUAUGAAUGGUGCUUCGGUAAGGUCAGGAACUGCCACUCCUGCCCAACAUCUUGUUGAUCCCCAUAUAAUUCAGUCUCAAAUAGCUAUGCUCAUUAAGCAAGGCCAGUACAAUACAGCUUUUCAACAGGCUCUCUCUGCUUCGGACCUUAAUCUUGUUACUUAUGUGUGUGAAAAAGUGGACACUGGUAAAGUUUUCACCAGAUGUGGCUGUGUUCUUCAACAGCAUGUUCUGUUAUCCCUUAUUCAACAGUUAGCUGCUGAUAUGACCUCUCAUAGCGAUGUUAAGCAAAAGUAUCUAGAAGAAGCUGUCAUGAAUCUUUCCCCAGGUAAUGAGAAUACUCGGGAACACAUGCCUCAGGUUUUAACCGGUCUGCAGAAGCAAUUACAACUAUUUCAGACAACUACUAAUGACCCUCGAUUGGCCAGUAAGGCAAGGAUGUUGGUUAUGGUUUGUCAGCAAAUCGUCCGAAAUCUUAAAGAUGAAUGGGAUUGAAAGAAUGUGAUCUAUUUUAUUUAUUCUUCUUUUUUUAACCACACAACAAUUGUAAAUUAUAUGAGAUUAAUGAUGACAGUGCAUUGUAAAAAAAUAUUACACUUUUAGACAAAAAUAAAUAUAUUUGUUAUAUAAUUUUCAUAAAUCAGGUGUUUUUUUGUUGAUUUGACCUUUACUAUUAUUAUUUGUAGGUUUAGGUUUUUUUUUCUUGCAAGAUAAUGGAUUUGGCCCGCCUUUCUUCUUUCUAGACCUUUUAAUAAUCUGGGAUGUUGGAUUUGGUUCAAGUAUUUUUCUUUUCAUCAGUUUUAUAACCUUCUUUUCAGCAGCACUUACAUCACAACU